CAUCUGAAUCAGAACAUCCUGUUGAGUACACCUGUUGAAUACACCUGUCUCAAUGUUCUACAGGACUAAGAAGACCGUGGCUGGAUCUUCAGGCUGGUUGUGGCAUCACCCCAGUCACAUCGCACUGAGCCAGGCUGAGGAAAACAGGAGUGCCCUGGCAAAGGGACAGUGAUGGAGGUGCCACUGGUUAACUUUGAGAACAUGGAUGAUAUCGGCAUCAACAUGGGCGUCCCCGGUGAUUCGGGGUACCCCACUUCACCCACUUCAGAGGCAGCGCCUGAUCAGAACCCUGUCACCAAUCGUGUGAUGUCACCAAAUCCAUCACAGCACCACGGGCACCAGACCAGGCCAGAGGGGUUUUCUCCCUCUACAACGCCUAUACUGACUACUAAAGACCCGUCUAGCUGCAACAGUCUGCUGUCCAACUUCAAACUCCUGAUGAACAGUGAAGGCUCGCCGACAGACAGUGUCUUCAGUAAGCUGGUUCAGGAGUGCUGUGAUAACGAAGAAGACCUGUUUGGGGAGAAACUGGGAGUGGAGGACGGGGAUCCGAAAGUGGUCAUCAAUAUUUCAGGCAUGAUGUUCGAGACACAACUCAAAACUUUAUCGCAGUUCCCAGACUCCCUGCUCGGAGACCCCAUGAAAAGGAUGGAAUACUUUGACCCGAUGAAGAACGAGUACUUUUUCGACAGGAACCGUCCUAGCUUUGAUGGGAUCUUGUACUUCUAUCAGUCUGGGGGCAAAGUCCGAAGACCGGCCAACGUCCCCUUAGAGAUUUUCGCAAGAGAGAUAGUUUUCUAUGAGUUAGGAAGAGAAGCUAUGGAACAGUUCCGGGAAAUGGAGGGGUUCAUAACAGAACCCGAGCCGCUGUUGCCCACCAACGAGGUCCACAAGCAGUUCUGGCUCCUGUUUGAGUAUCCGGAGAGUUCCAGUGCAGCUAGGUCAGUGGCCCUGGUGUCUGUCUUCGUUAUUGUCAUCUCUAUCUUCAUUUUCUGCCUGGAGACUCUGCCAGAGUUCCGUGAUGACGUAGACUUUAUCACCACCUUUUCCCUGGGGGUCAAUGGAACCCAGGAGGGUCCUCCUAUAGUCCAAAAAGACUUAUUCGCCUAUUUCACAGACCCCUUUUUCAUUGUGGAAACCAUCUGCAUAAUUUGGUUCUGCUUUGAGCUUGGCGUACGCUUUGUGGUCUGCCCCAGCAAAAGUGACUUCUUCCACAACAUUAUGAACACCAUUGACAUUGUCUCUAUAAUACCCUAUUUCGUAACCAUGGCUACAGAGCUGUACACCACGCCAGAUGAAGACAUCAACUCCAGCCAAAACAUGUCACUGGCCAUCUUACGCAUCAUCCGUCUAGUGCGAGUCUUCCGGAUCUUUAAGCUGUCGCGACACUCCAAGGGACUUCAGAUCCUGGGCCAGACCCUGAAAGCUAGUAUGAGGGAGCUGGGCCUGCUGAUCUUCUUCCUCUUUAUUGGAGUCAUACUCUUCUCCAGUGCCAUCUACUUUGCUGAGGUGGACGAGCCCCACACACAGUUUGUCAGUAUCCCUGACGGGUUCUGGUGGGCUGUGGUGACAAUGACCACUGUGGGAUACGGGGACAUGUGUCCUACUACUCUGGGAGGCAAAAUGGUGGGGACUCUCUGUGCCAUUUCCGGCGUGUUGACCAUCGCCUUACCCGUCCCUGUUAUCGUCUCCAACUUUAACUAUUUCUACCACCGGGAGACAGAGCAAGCAGAGAAACAAGUGAUUGACGAUGCAGCAGAAGCAGCUCAGAAAAUAACCGACGCAAAUAAGUAUGAGUAUGGUAGCACACCCUCUCUUAACAUUAACACAAUCAAUGGUAGCUUGCAGAAUGACAAGAAUGGUAUGUAAUGGGUUUAUCAUUUAAGGGAUUAUAACCAAGGACAUUACAAACUGAGAAAUCUAACAUAUACCAAAAUGCACUGAUAUUAUUUUUGUCUCAGUAUUUUAUACUCUAUUCAUUGCAGCGUUGGUCCACGUAGUAGGCUAUACUAUACAUCUCUUUCACAAUGUUCAAAAUAAGGAAGUAAUAUUGGUUAUCAGCCUGCCUGAUCAGCAUGUGGAUGUGUCAAAGUGUAAUUAAGAUCAAAUGAACACAGUUACAGCAUAUUACAUUUACAGUUGGCUCUGGACAGACCUUGUGCACGUAGUGUGAUUAUAAGCGCUUAAAUCCUAAGCAGAUGUAUUUGGCAACUUGUUUCCUUUCAAAUCAUCUUAUAAAUAAUACAAAUAUUAAUUACACUUUGAACUGCAUUACUGUACAUUGUCAAAGACUGAAGUAUGAAAAACACCCUUGGAUCAGGGCUCAUGUUAAAACUCGUUUUCAUGGUGUGCUUUGCGACAUUCAUCAGCCUGCCAUAUUCAGCAGUCUCAAUAUAGAUCUUGGCAUGAUCUCCAAGGACUGUCUGGAAGAGCACUUCUGGAAGGAGACAUGGGGACACCAUUGAGUGCACAAUAUGCUGUCAGAAAAUCCAUCAGUUGUGGUCACCGCAGUAGUUUUAUCACACCAUCUAUCUAAUAAUGCAGUCAUUUUAUAACGCCAUCUAUCUAAUAAUGCAGUCGUUUUAUCACGCCAUCUAUCUAAUAAUGCAGUCAUUUUAUCACACCAUCUAUCUAAUAAUGCAACUAUUUAUCACACCAUCUAUCUAAUAAUGCAGUUGUUUUAUCACACCAUCUAUCUAAUAAUGCAGUCGUUUUAUCACACCAUCUAUCUAAUAAUGCAGUCGUUUUAUCACACCAUCUAUCUAAUAAUGCAGUCAUUUUAUCACGCCAUCUAUCUAAUAAUGCAGUCGUUUUAUCACACCAUCUAUCUAAUAAUGCAGUCGUUUUAUCACACCAUCUAUCCAAUACUAACUACCUACUUUAGCAGGUUAGCUACGUUGCUUAUGACUUCACUCUGUAUGCCUUACAGUACUGUAGUAAAAAAAAAAAACUAAAUCAUGGCAUGUUAUGAUAUCAGGUCAAAAUGUCAUAAUAUUUAGACCAAACCCUAACCCUGACCUAUAUACACCUUCAUCUUUACCUUUGUAUGUAUUUCAGGAAAAUAAUCCCAUCAAACUGUUACUUGUAUGCAAAAAAAAGGAACAGUAGUUGCAUGUUAAGCUCACACAACGUAUUACAUCAUAUGAAAAUGUGUUGAUUCGCGCAAUAGCAUCAAGAACACGCUUAUUAAUAGAAAGCAAUCAAAAGAGGAAAGGACAAAGUGGCACACCUCUUUGUACCGUUAUUGAUUGAAGCGUUAUUCCAACAUUUAGCUGUCGGUGGCCUUGCAUGGUAUACAGUAGUGUGCCGAAACAAUGAAACACUGGUAUCGUGUAUCAGAACAUGUAGGGCAGAUAGUUCUAGUGACUCUCACAUUUCUCUCGUACUGUAGUUCUUUUAAUUCCUUUCCAUGCAUUUGAUAUGGACAUAACUCAAUUGGAUUUAGGAAUUUUUUGAUAAACGUUUAGUUAAUGCCAUCAAUGAAUUAACAAAUGAACUAUUACAUUAUCACACUUUAGGUAUAGUUUAUACUAUGAUAUGUAUUUAUAAAUAAACCCACAUGCAUGCUACACUUCAAAUAUGAACAUUUAUAUUAUCAGCGGUUAUACAAACAAUGACCAUGCAGAAAUGGCAUUGGAUAUAUUGAGUUGUUCAACACUGCAAUUAACUGUUUCUUGAAAUAGUUCCCACAUUUGCUGAGCACUUGUUGGCUGCUUUUCCUUCACUCUGCGGUCCAACUCAUCCCAAACCAUCUCAACUGGGUUGAGGUCGGGUGA